AUGAAUCCAAUGACGGCGUCCCGUGACGAGAAAGGACCCUCCGACAUCGUUCUCGUUGCAUUGACCACCCCUGCGGCCUCGGCGAGCCUGCACGAGAACCUGAAGGCCGGUCAAGCCGUCAGGAGUUGUGCGGCGGUCCACUUCGAGGGUCCGGCUCCCGUCUUCGGCGACAUUAGGAGCGUCCCGGCUGCCAUCCCGCCCCUACCAAAUGCUGGUGGCGUGCGAGGAGGCCGGCCCUCCUUCGCGGCCAAGCAGGGGGGAACCGACUUCAAGUUCGAUUACGGGCUCGCCUUCAGCCUGCGGCCUGCCGGAGCUUUUGCUCGGGGCGGUUUCGGCUCGACGUGCCUUGGGCGCACCUGUGGCGGAAAGGGGGCGGUCUACGCCCGAGGGAGCGAGCCCUUUAUCUGGGAGAGGAAACGAAAUCGAGGCGGGGCCCUGGUUUGCCGAGGCGGAGGGGGGCACCUCAUGUGCUUGCGGUGCGUGGAGGCCGAGUAUGAAGCUGGGCGCCCCUUUGUCUCGAGCGCGAGCGGGUGCCCCAUUCCUCAGCACGAGCUCUUUACUAAGUAUGAAGCCCUCCCCGAUUCGAAGGAGCUUCGAGCGGUACGGCCAGGGGAGGACGCAAGCGAGGGCGGCCAUCAGUUCUUCGUUCAAAGACGAGAUCUCGACCCAUGUCCGCACUGUCGCAGCAAGCCCAAGGGGGCUGCCCCAGCAAGGCGUGGUGUCAAGCGAGCGCUUGAAGAAGGACCAAGCCCACGAGAACUCGGCACGGUGGCGGUUCUCUCAGAGAUGAGCCGAAGCAAGAUCCCACCGAUGGCUGUCGCCCCAGGCCUUUUCCUUGUGCCUCUACUCGAUGACUCCAGUGGGCGCCUUCUGGACAUCUCAACGACGGAUCAGGGCCUCGUCAAUGUCCCUCGACUUGUCAAGGUUGACCAUAUGGGCAGCUUUCGGUGCUUGUGCGGACAGAGGGCGUGCCGGGACCACGACAUGGCGUUUCUUGAGGAAACUCGGCUCAUGGGCGGUUGGUGGCAGGGCGGAGACCCCAUUUUCAAAGCCUUUGACGAAAGCCGCCCUUUCGUGCGGGAGAUGACGAGCGGCGUGCCUUGGGUUUUGCCACUUGACCAUCGGGGACGGUGCUUGGGGGGGGUGUUGCAUGGGCUAGACGCGGAGGCGUGGAGAGGCGGGCCGCAGCUGCGGGUCUUUGUUGGGAGUGACCCUGGAGAGGAGCCCGUGGUCUGCGUGCUUGGAGGGGAGACUGCACACUGCAGCGGCGUCGACUGCUCGGGUUCGGAACGCUGCCGGCACCUUCUAAGGGUGCUCUCGAAGCAAACCUUGCCCCUGACAGAGCGCGCAAUCGACAGUGGGUGCAAUUUAAGCGAGGCAACGCGGGUUUAUGCUGAGAGACGCGCCGAGAGAAUCGCGCAACGGGAAGCGGGGGCGAGGAUGCUCUUGGUCUGCAACGACCCCGUGUGCCGUCCGCCGGACUCGAAAGUCGAGUGCACCCAUCAAAAGACUCUCGAGCCCUGGGAGUGUCUCUCGGCGGCGGCCCUCGACACGGGGCACGGCCACAAGAGGGUCGACACUGUCAUGAGCCGGGGCGGAGCAAGUGUGACUUGCCUCUGUGAGCGUUGGGGCGAGGAGGGCGUGCGGCGGCGGGACAAGGCCAAGCACUUUUGCGCCCCACGGCCCGCCGAGGCGCUCGCGCCCUACGGCCGGCCAUGGCAGAUGGAGAGCAGAAAGGCGGCGCUGACGACCGCUGGAGCGCGCUACGAGGUCACUACCUAUUGGAGGGUAUGCCGCAUCGCUCCGGGGAGGGAGGCGGCGUGCUGCUCGGUAAUGUACGACGGUCAGGCCGGAGAGAUUACGGAUCCGGUCUUGCGCCGAGCAUCCAUUGUGGUCAAACAACCCAAAACGGUGUAUCGCCUUCCAAUACAAUCAUCGCAAACUGCGGCAGAAGAAUGA